AUGGCAGAUUCAAUUUGUAGAACACUGAGGGAUGGAGCGUUAGAGGGAGAGCUUGCACCCACUCUCACAAUCAAAGACUCUCUCGCUUCGCCUUUUGCCUUCCAUGUAUUCUCUCACAUUCUACUUCAACUCUCAUCACACAUCAUCGCUCAAAAAUCCCAGUCACAGGGCAUAGUAAUUGUUGCACUUAAGCGGAGUCCAUCGUUUUAUGCUGCUGUGUUAAACAUGAAUGGUGUGGAUGUUGCUUCUUCUAACAAAUGGAUUCACAUUUUAGAUUGUUAUUCAGAUCCUCUUGGUUGGAAGGAAAAGAUAAGGAAACCAGUAAACGUUACAAAUUGUUCUCACCAAAUUUCGCUUGCUACUAGUUCUUUUAAAACUGUGAAGGAUCUGGAUAAAUUGUUUUUGGUAAUCACUGACCUGGGUAGAGGAUUGGUUGGAGAAAAUAAAUCCCGCUUCUGUGUUGCGAUAGACUCGCUAAGUGAACUGUUGAGGCAUGCAUCUUUGCAGUCAGUUGCCGGACUUCUUAGCGAUCUGCGUAGCCAUGAUCAAAUUUCAAAUAUUUUUGGAUUAUUGCAUUCUGACCUCCAUGAUGAGAGGGCUGUGGCUGCUCUCGAGUACAUGUCCUCCAUGGUAGCCAGUGUGGACCCAUAUUAUCAUUCUGCAGAUGGUCAGAAAGGAAGUUUAGACAAAUCCUUUUCUGAGCAAAACUUUACCAAGGGAAAGUUUAAUGUCAGGUCCAAACGUAGAAAUGGGCGAGUUCGAGUAACGUGUGAAGAAUUUAAAGUUGAGCCUGGAGGAAUCAGCUUUGCGCCUGUUUUAUCAGUAGAUGAAACUGCCAUUGCAGGCCUACUGCCAAAGGUACAAUUCAAUCUCCAGCUUUCAGAGAAGGAGCGAAUUGAUAGGUCAAAUGUUGUGCUUCCUUUUGAACACCAGGGAACCGGUAAACCAAUAAAAAUUUAUGAUGGUAGAAGAUCCCUUGAAGAGAGCAACAGUGAGGCAAAUCCCAUUUCAAGUGGUAAAAAGGAGGAUUCUGCCGUGGGUGAGAUUAUAUAUUUUCGUGAUUCAGAUGACGAGAUGCCAGAUUCUGAUGAGGACCCGGAUGAUGAUUUAGAUAUAUGA